UUUCGACUAGAACCUUCCCUACAAACAACGACCACUAGCAUCGGCCAAAAACCGCACUUCCCACUAUUCCAAACCACACCAAUCACCAAACCAUAUCACGCAUACUUUCUUGCUACAUUUGCUAUUCAAUUUUAAGCGCAAGAGUGUAGAGGUCAACAACAUGUAAGUGUUCCUAUAGCUUGCAUGCUAAGCAACACUUCUAAGAGCAUGUUCAACAUUUAUUAUAUUUUUUGUGGUCACUCUCUUUUCUUCUUUGCCCUCUUAUAUCUCUCUUUUUUUUUCUUAUCUUUUCUUUGGGGGCUAAAGAGAGCUAUAAACAUGCCACAUUUUUUAACAUAAAUAACAAUGCUCACUUUGAAAAACUACAUCCACACUCACUUCACUUCUUAGAAAAACAUACAUAAUUCACUCAUGUAGAACCUCGUUUAAGCUCAAAUGGUAUGAAUGGGGCUUCCAAACACAAGGGUGACUCGAUAACGGUGUAGACACAAAGAAAGUAGGGUCGUUCUAUCUAAAUCAAUUGAGCUCAAGUAGCGAGAGCUACCUAAAACAAGAGCGACCCUUAGACACACGACUCAAAAGGGUUGACUAGGGGAUAAUGAGAUCGGGACGGUCAAUGAUAGACCAUUAAUUGCACAUGUUUUUACCCCUAUUCUUGAGCCGUUUGAGAUGUUGAUUCUCGUGUUUUAAGCCGAUUUCACGCUAGGUUGUGUGUUUAUGUCAUAUUUCAGGGCUUGGUGUUGGCAUAGAGGCGAAGAAACGAGUUUUGGGUCGAAAGGAGGACGUUUGAGUUGAAGUGUGCUAGAGAAGGAUAGAGGAAGUCUAGUUCAGAACGCCUUGAUCGGUUGUUCUAGAGAAGGAUACGUCCCUCUAGGCAAUCGACUCAAGAGGGCCUUGAUCCUUUAGUCGAGAUUCAAGGUCUAGUCAAGGAUUCUCCGCAUUGUGAAUGAAAGUGAAACAAGUUAGGGAUCAUCAAUCAUUAAUCUGGUUAGUGGCUAGGGGGAAUCAUACCUAAGUGAGUUCCCAACCUGUAAUUAGAUUAAUGACUCGACUCUACUGUCACUCCAGGAAUUGGCCAAGUGAAACCACUUCCUAAAGCGUAGUAUAGCGGGUUUGGGUUUAAUUAUCAACCCGGGUCCUAGAUGUGAUGAAUACUCAGUGAAUUCUUGUUAUCUAGCAAUGAAACUGAAGUGCAAGUCUAAACUACCAAACAAACAAAGCAAGUAAACUGGUUGUAUUCAGGUUAAAGAGGUCACCCGGAUAUGGUUCCCCCUAGACUGCAGUUAAGCCGGAUUGUAAUUACCAAGUUCAGUUUCUAUGAAAGUUAUACUGCGGAAGGUUCUUAAACAGCCUGAAGUCUCGACUAAAGGUCUUCAGACCCUCUCAAUCUGACUCUCUAGCGGGCGACUAACCUCCACCAGAGUCGACAGAUUGAGGCCCUAAGAACAAAACCUCCACUACCGGAGUAAAUCCGGUACAGAAUAGUGAGUUGGCUCCUCGACUAAAGUCACCAACUCCCUACCUUCAAUCAAAGAUACUCUAUUAACCUAGGCAGAUAUUCUCAUUCUAGGUUAAAGCAGAAACAACAGGAAUUUGAUCAGGAUUCAAGUCAUUCAAUCAUUAAAACCUCAAUCGAAUAUAAUCAAUCAUAGAAUCAGUACUUGGGUUCAUACAAUCAAAGCCUAACAUACAAAUCUAGGGUUCUCCAUACCCAGAUGAAUGGGAGAACUACUCCAUAGAGAAGAAAGCAAAAGCAGAAUCAGACACGGAAUUCAUACUGCGAAGGAUGGAUUCCUGCUUCUUGACGUUGAUUGGCACUUCUCCAAGCUCAAGCUGGCCUCCAAUGGUGUUGAAGAUCAAUCUAGGCACUUGGGAACUCUUGCUCGUCACUUUCUCUCUCUAGAAGUCGUUCUUUCUCUCAAAAACUCGAAUCCCCCUGAAUUGUGGCUGAAAAUCUGCUUAAAAGCAUCAGUGGCCAAAGCACGGUCGAGGGCACCGCCGUGCUUUGCCUGACUCCGCCCGUGCCUCGGCCAGGGCUUAAUUACACGGCCAGCAGCUGGUGGAAACACGGCCGUGCUUCGCGUUGGACACGGCCGUGCUUUGGUGGAACACGGCCGUGCUUCGGUGCCCGUGUUUGCAGCUGAAUUGGCCAAACUGAAUUUGCUCUCGGCAUAAAAAGCACGGCCAGCAGUACACGGCCGUGUAAUGCCUUAGGCUGCCCGUGUUUUGGCUCCAGCUUACCGAAAUGACUUCCGAAUGCCCCGAAACUUGCGCUUAGCCUUCCCUUUGACGCCUGGGACCUGAAACAUGACAAAAUAGCACAACCCGGCGUAAAAUAGGCCACAACACAUGACUAUGCCCCUCAAACGGAUGAGAACUAGAGGCGCAAACAUGUGCAAUUACAUCGUUAUCAAACUCCCCCACACUUAACCGUUUGCUUGUCCCCAAGCAAACCUAACUCAAACCAAUGCAACUCUCCAGACCUCUAUAGCAACAAACAACCCAGAUCGUAGGUAGAGGACUUCCUAGAUCAUUUAGCAACUUACGAGGUCAACCGACGCACAAGUCAUCUCAUAGCUUCUUCGACAAGUCGGCAUCAUGGCAAACAGUGAACAGAGGACAAAUGAAUCGUGGAUGAAGAGAUUCUCUAAAACAAAAGAUCAUGGACUCA